UAAACCCCUCCUCUCAACACACAAAACUCACACACGUUAAAACCAACCCAACACCAAAAACUACCUAUCACUCCGAUCCAAACAUGGGGGCUCGCCAUCGCCAUCUUCAUUUCGAACCAAUCUCAAAAUGCAGCCCAGAGGGGCGGUCAAACCAAACCGUGGUGGCUGAUUUAGACGGCACACUCUUGCUCUCCGCCACCGCAUUCCCCUACUUCCUCCUCGUCGCCAUGGAAGCCGGCAGCCUCCUCCGGGCACUCCUCCUCCUCGUCUCCGUCCCCUUCGUCUACUCCCUCCACCUCUUCGUGUCCGAGCCCUUAGCCAUCAAAGCCUUCAUCUUCGUCUCCUUCGCCGGGCUCAAGGUCAAGGACAUCGAGACCGUGUCUCGGGCGGUGCUGCCCAGGUUCUACUCCGAGGAUGUCCGCGCGGAUGCCUGGAAGGUGUUCAGUUCAUGCGGGAAGCGGUACGUAUUCACCGCGAAUCCUAGGAUCAUGGUGGAGCACUUCGCCGUGAACUUCUUGGGAGCCGAUAAGGUGGUCGGGACGGAGCUGGAGGUUUCCAGAACGGGACGCGCCACCGGGUUUGUGAAACCUCCGGGGGUUCUUGUCGGGGAACAUAAAAAGGCUGCGGUUUUGAAGGAGUUUGGGACGGAUGUGCCGGAUUUAGGCCUGGGUGAUAGGGAGUCUGAUCAUCACUUCAUGUCCAUUUGCAAGGAAGGGUACAUGGUCCCACGGAGCAAGUGCGAUGCCUUACCAAGAAAACAGCUCCUGAGUCCUAUCAUUUUCCAUGAAGGCCGUUUGGUACAAAGGCCUACACCAUUUAUGGCACUCUUAACUUUCCUAUGGAUGCCUAUAGGCAUAGUUCUGUCCCUAAUAAGGGUCUACUUAAACAUCCCCUUGCCGGAAAAAGUGGUCCGCUACACAUACAUGAUCCUCGGCAUCAAACUCAUCGUGAAAGGCACCCCUCCGCCGCCCCCUAGGGCGGGCCAGCGCGGCGUCCUCUUCGUCUGCAACCACCGCACCGUCCUCGACCCCGUCGUCACCGCCGUCGCCCUCGGCCGGAAAAUCAGCUGCGUCACCUACAGCAUCAGCAAAUUCUCGGAGCUAAUUUCUCCGAUCAAGGCCGUCGCGCUGUCCAGGGAGAGGGAGAAAGACGCCGCCCAUAUUAAGCAGUUACUGGAAGAAGGGGACUUAGUUAUUUGCCCGGAAGGGACGACUUGCCGGGAACCAUUUUUGUUGAGGUUUAGUGCCCUUUUCGCCGAGCUGACCGACAGGAUUGUGCCGGUGGCCGUUAAUACCAAGCAGAGCGUGUUUUAUGGGACGACGGUACGAGGUUUCAAGGUGUUGGACCCGUACUUUGUCUUCAUGAACCCUAGGCCGACAUACGAGAUCACGUUCUUGGACCAAAUUCCGCCGGAGCUCACUUGCAGAGGUGGCAAUAAGUCGGCGAUUGAGGUUGCUAAUUAUAUUCAAAAAGUUCUCGCCGGAACCCUAGGUUUCGAGGGUACUAAUUUGACUAGGAAGGACAAGUAUGCGAUGAUGGCCGGGACUGAUGAGCGUGUUCACGCCAUGGACAACAAGGAUAAAUAGAAGAAUUGAGACAAUAUAAUUCAAUGAACUUUUUUUUUUUUUUUUGGUACUGUAAUUUCUCAUGUGCUUUUAAUUAAUACAUUUAUCUUCUUGAAAAAGAAAUUAUA